CCACGUGCUCAGACCUCUCGGCCGGAAUCUCCAGGGAUGACCAGCCCCUCCCCGCGCAUCCAGAUAAUCUCCACCGAUUCUGCAGUACCCUCUCCUCAGCGCAUUCAGAUUGUGACAGACCAGCAGACAGGACAGAAGAUCCAGAUAGUCACCGCAGUGGACGCCUCCGGAUCCCCUAAACAGCAGUUCAUCCUAACCAGCCCCGAUGGAGCUGGAACUGGAAAGGUGAUCCUGGCUUCACCAGAGACAUCCAGUGCCAAGCAGCUCAUAUUCACCACUUCUGACAACCUCGUUCCCGGGAGGAUCCAGAUCGUCACAGAUUCUGCUUCUGUAGAGCGUUUGCUGGGGAAAGCCGACAUCCAGCGGCCCCAGGUGGUAGAGUACUGCGUGGUCUGUGGAGAUAAAGCUUCUGGUCGUCACUAUGGGGCUGUCAGUUGUGAGGGUUGUAAAGGUUUCUUCAAAAGGAGCGUAAGGAAAAAUCUGACCUACAGUUGCCGGAGCAACCAAGACUGUAUCAUCAAUAAACACCAUCGGAACCGCUGUCAAUUUUGCCGGCUGAAAAAAUGCUUAGAGAUGGGCAUGAAAAUGGAAUCUGUGCAGAGUGAACGGAAGCCCUUUGAUGUACAGAGGGAAAAACCAAGCAAUUGUGCUGCUUCAACUGAGAAAAUCUAUAUCCGGAAGGACCUGAGAAGUCCUCUGAUAGCCACCCCUACGUUUGUGGCAGACAAAGAAGGAGCAAGACAGACAGGUCUUCUUGAUCCAGGGAUGCUUGUGAACAUCCAGCAGCCUUUGAUACGUGAGGACGGCACUGUUGUUUUGGCCACGGAUUCCAAGGCAGAAACAAGCCAGGGAGCCCUGGGUACAUUAGCAAAUGUAGUGACUUCCCUUGCCAACUUGAGUGAAUCCUUGAACAAUGGUGAUACUUCGGAGAUCCAGCCAGAGGAGCAGUCUGCGAGCGAGAUCACCCGGGCAUUUGAUACCUUAGCUAAAGCACUUAAUACCACAGACAGCUCUUCUCCCCCAAGCCUGGCAGACGGGAUAGACACCAGUGGAGGAGGGAGCAUCCAUGUGAUCAGCAGAGACCAGUCAACACCUAUCAUUGAAGUUGAAGGCCCCCUCCUUUCAGAUACACAUGUCACAUUUAAGCUAACAAUGCCCAGCCCAAUGCCAGAAUACCUCAAUGUGCACUACAUAUGUGAGUCUGCGUCCCGCCUGCUCUUCCUCUCGAUGCACUGGGCGAGGUCAAUCCCAGCCUUUCAGGCACUUGGGCAGGACUGCAACACCAGCCUGGUGCGGGCUUGCUGGAACGAGCUCUUCACCCUCGGCCUCGCCCAGUGUGCCCAGGUCAUGAGCCUCUCCACCAUCCUGGCCGCCAUCGUCAACCACCUGCAGAAUAGCAUCCAGGAAGAUAAACUUUCUGGUGACCGGAUCAAACAAGUCAUGGAGCACAUCUGGAAGCUGCAGGAGUUCUGUAACAGUAUGGCGAAGCUGGAUAUAGAUGGCUAUGAGUAUGCAUACCUUAAAGCUAUAGUUCUCUUUAGCCCCGAUCAUCCAGGUUUGACCAGCACAAGCCAGAUUGAAAAAUUCCAAGAAAAGGCCCAGAUGGAAUUGCAGGACUAUGUUCAGAAAACCUACUCGGAAGACACAUACAGAUUGGCUCGGAUUCUUGUCCGCCUGCCAGCACUCAGGCUUAUGAGUUCCAAUAUAACUGAAGAACUCUUCUUUACUGGCCUCAUUGGCAAUGUUUCAAUAGACAGCAUAAUCCCCUACAUCCUCAAGAUGGAGACAGCAGAAUACAACGGCCAGAUCACUGGAGCCAGUCUAUAGUGCACCCUGCACACCUGCUGAGCGCAGAUACUUCAGAACCUUUCAGAUACAAGGAAAAUAAAAGUAGUGGUAUUUUGAUAUGUGCACAUAUUUCCAGUAUGUUAGCCAUUUUCCUACCUGAUUUCUUUUUAUCUGUUAAUUCUGAAAAUAGCAACAAAAAGACUAGUAGGAUCCUUUCCUGCCAU